AUGCUUCUCCGGUUACAGAGGUAUAACAUCACCCUCGUGUACAAGAAAGGAAAAGAAUUGUUCCUUGCCGACACUUUGUCACGUGCACCCUUGACAACGACCGGUACUGAAACUGAUGACCUGCAAGUCAUGACCCUCCUGUCAAUCUCUGACAUGCGACUUGAACAGCUCAAGAAAGCAACUGCCUGUGACUCUGCCAUGCAACAGCUCACUGAUGUCAUCAGUCGCGGAUGGCCUUCGCAUAUCAACAAUGCCCCACCAAAGGCCCACCCCUACUUCGCGUUCAGAGAUGAACUGGUUCUCGACCGCGGUAUCAUCUUAAAGGGACAUAAGGCCAUCAUUCCCAAGUCACUACGCGCAGAAUACAUCCAAAUACUGCAUGAAGGUCACCCAGGCAUCGAGGCUACCAAACGCAGAGCCAGAGAUGUAGUUUACUGGCCAUCAAUGUGCCUUGAUAUCGAGCAGUCCGUCUCUGGAUGCACAGUUUGCAACGCUACCAAAGCCCAUCAACAGAAAGAACCACUGAAAAGCUACCCCCCACCCAGCCUACCAUGGGAACACAUUGGAGUUGACCUUUUCCAUUGGAACGGUAUGGAUUACCUAGCCCUUGGUGACUCAUACUCCGGCUGGUUUGACUUCGCUUCACUCGACAACACCUGUGCCUCUACAGUCAUUGAGGUACUCAAGAGACAAUUUUCCAUCCAUGGAAUCCCCCGCAUCGUUAUCAGUGACAACGCACGACAAUUUGAUUGCUUCGCCUUCAAACAAUUCGCACAGUCAUGGGGCUUCCAGCAUACAACCAGCAGUCCUCAUUUUCCCCAGUCCAAUGGCCUUGCAGAAAGCUCUGUCAAGCGCGCCAAACAACUCCUCGAGAAGACAAAACGCGACGGUUCAGACCUCUACCGAAACCUGCUGAACAUUCGCAAUGUCCCAACCAACCCCCAGCUUGGCUCACCUUCCCAACGUCUCAUGUCACGGCGUCUUCGCACAACCAUCCCUACCCCGACGCCACUCCUUAAACCCGCCAUUUACACACGCGUCACAGCACAGUUACGCAAGAGGCAACAGCAACAGAAGUCUUCAUACGACAAAUCUGCCAAGCCCCUCCGACCACUGACACCAGGGCAAGUUGUCCGUCUACAAUCACCCAAAGGGCACGAUCAGCUUGGAAUUGUCCAAAAGCAUUCCAGAAACCCCAGAUCGUACAUCGUCAAUGCCCAAGGCACACUCUACCGCCGCAAUCGGAGACACUUAUUGCCAGUCCCUGAACCACCUCCACAGCAACAACACUCACCUGACUUCUACUUACCGCCACAGGAUCCACUGCCUCAGCCUGCCAUCCCCCACGCACCUCCACCACAGCCAGUUCUCACUCGUUCCGGUCGCAUCUCGAAGCCAAAUCCUAAAUUCACUUAA